GCCUGAGCUGUGAAGGUCUGACUUUACUACGGCUGGAUCUGUUUUAUAAACCUGUUGAUGAACUACAGCCAGCAGCACAAAGAUCUGUUUGUUGAUGAAUCCCUGGAAACACAAGCAGUGACAAAGGAAAACUGAAGAACAAAGUAAAAGCAGCCAUGAAGGUCCAGAAUGGAUGGAGCUGCUCUCUGUUCUUUCUGCUCUACAUGACACACGUCACCUGGACACAGAGGUUUGAUGUCAUUGGACCUCCUACUGACAUUUUUGCUCUUCUUGGUGAAGAUGUCACCCUACCUGCCACACUCUCACCACCUCUCAAUGUUCAGGGGUUUGAGGUGAGGUGGGUUAGAAAUGACUUCUACUCUGUGAUACUUUUAUAUCAGAACUUCCAAAUUAGAAAUGAGUAUCAGAUGCAGAUCUAUAAGGGGAGGACUGCACUUUUCCCAGAAGAACUUGUGAGUGGAAACGUGUCUCUGAGACUCCAGGAUGUCCGUGUCUCUGAUGGUGGUCUCUACAGAUGUUUAGUGGCCUCUGGACAAUGGAAUGAGGAGACUCACCUCACUCUGAAUAUUGAAGUCGUGGGCACUCAGCCCUCCAUUUCCAUCAGCACUACAGAAGACAAGCAGACCAGACUGGAGUGCAGCUCUGAGAAGUGGAGCUCUCGACCUGAAGUCACCUGGAGAGACAUGAACGGCGUAGAUGUGACGUCACAGUCUAUCUUAACAGUACAACGGGACGAUGAGGGUCUCCUCAGGGUCAGCAGCGUCAUCCCCAUCGAGUGGGAGUUCAACGUGUUCUCCUGUCUGAUGAGAAGUAAUACAACCAGACCAGCCCAUCAGUCCAAAAUGGGGGUCUAUGUUUUCUCCCCAAACGUCUCUGGCUGGUCGGUGGUUUUCUGGUUAUUGAUGGCUCUUUGUGUCACAGCAACUGUGCUGCUCAUAUUGAAAUGGCGAAGAAUGAGAGAUAAAAAAGCAACAUACAAGACCAAAGCAGUUGACAUUCUCCCUGUCUGGAACUUGCGCAAGGAAAUCGAGAUGGCACAACAUCCAGCUUUGACUCUGAAGUUUUAUAAAGUUAUUAAUGAAUUCUCACAUGAAGAUCUUCUCAAGAUCACAGAGAACUACAAGCUCCAGCUGGCCUACGUGAUGAACUUCGACAUCAGCAGCGUCCUGCAGCUCGUGGUCAACAAGCGCAUCAUCACCAAUGAUGAGGCAAAGGUGGUCAAAGUCAAAGCAGAGUCUGAGGGGACACCAGGUGUGGAGUCCUUCAUCGGUGAGGUAAUGAACAAGGAAAAAGCAGUGCUGGUGAGCCUGUGGGAGGCAUUGGCUGAAGAAUCUGUGAGAUAUCCAUCACCAAAUGUAAAAGGAAUCCUGGAUGAGGUGACUGAGUGGGGACCGGACUUCUUGAAGGAGAUCCAGACCAGCGCCCAGUCACCUCCACUUGAGCCUCAUAUUAAAGACCUCCAUGAGACACACAGACUCACUGUGUCUGAAUCCACAAGACCUCUGAAUGAUCAGCAUCCAUCUGGAGAUCCACUCACUAGCGUGGUGGGCCUUGAGACUCAAUACACAGAGCUGAUGGUCAUCAAACAGGACAUUAAAGAUGAACUGGCGAAGGCUGGGAAGACUCAAGAAAGACUUGAGGAAGAGGGAGCAACAAAGAACUGUGAGCGAGUCUGGGCUGAGCAGCUGUUUAAGAGAAGACCUCAAAAUAAAACACCCCCCAAAAUCAUAGUGGUCAAUGGGGUGGCGGGCAUUGGGAAGACCACUUUGGUCCAGAAAAUGAUGUCUGACUGGGCUAGAUGCACUCAGUACCAAAGGUUUGCGUUUGUCUUCCUAUUUAAAUUCAGGGAGCUCAACCUACUGGACAAUGAGUCACAAAUGUCUCUGACUGCAAUGGUUGAAAGGCGCUAUAAACAUCUCACUCAUGACAAACUAAUCGAAAUCCUGAAGAAACCUGAAUCUCUGCUCUUCAUACUCGAUGGACUGGAGAAAUACAAACACAAACUGGACUUUACACACAGUCAGCUCUGCUCAGACCCAGAUGACGAGGUGCCUGUCCACAUCCUGGUCACCAGUCUGGUCAGUCAGACAUUACUGGAGGGCUGCUCAGUCCUGAUAACAAGCAGACCACCAGCUCUGGGGUCUCUGGACAUGGAGAGAGUUGAUGGGUUUGUAGAAGUUGUAGGAUUCUUCCCUGAACAAAGACUAAUGUACUUUAAGAAGUUCUUUGGUGACGCUGAUGUGGGCACCAAGGCUUUUCAGUGCAUGGAGAGUAACACCAUCUUAUACUCCAUGUGCGUCAGCCCCUCGUACUGCUGGAUUAUCUGCUCUGCACUGAAGAGCCACCUCAUGACACCUGAAGAUGUGCGAGGAGCUGCCCCCAGAACUGUCACUGAGACCUUUGUGAUGUUCCUUCACAACAUCCUGACCAAUUACAAGCAAGAAGAUGAGGACCAAAGGAGGAUUCUGAUCAGUCUGGGAAAGAUGGCUUAUUAUGGGGUGGACAGCAGGACUCAUGUGUUUAAUGAGAAGCAAGAGAUGUCCACCUUUGGUCUGCAGCCAGUCCUGUCCUCUUCGUUCCUCUCUGGCUUUCUGCACAGACAAAACAGUCAGGAGCACACGACUUACACCUUCUACCAGUUCACCCUGCAGGAGUUCAUGGCCGCCUUCUCCUUCUACCUCGAUCCAUCAGUGGGUGUUGAGAAGCUGCUGAAGAAGCGAGACUCGUGUAAAGGGGGCCGAUUUGAGAUUGUCACUCAAUUCCUGGCAGGACUGGCUUGGUGUCCUGUGCUUAAAAGAGUGGAGGGAAUCCUGGGGGAGUUUGAAGGGACGACCACACAACGGAUACAGGAAUGGGUGAAGCAGAAAGCUAAACAGGCACUACGAGGAGGAGAUAAAAGUGAAACUCUUCGAGUUUGUCACUGGCUCUAUGAGACUCAGAAUGAGGAGGUGAUCAGAGAUGCCAUUGGGGAGAACUUAAACAUGAGCUUUAACAGUAUGACUCUAUCUGCUCUGGACUGUGCUGUGCUGGCCUCUGUCAUCAGCUGCUGUGGAGAACUUAAAGAACUUAACCUGUCAUUCACACCUCUGACCCCCGAGUGUAUCAGGAGACUGGCAGAGGGGCUCAGCUGCUGCAGUGAUGUCCGGCUCAGGUCUUGUGGUCUCACCUCGGCCUGCUGCUCAGCUCUCUCCUCGGUCCUCUCGUCUCCAAACUCAUGGCUGACAUAUCUGAGUCUGAGCAACAAUAACCUGGGAGAUUCAGGGGCUCGUCAGCUGAGUGAGGGGCUCAGGAGUGACAACUGUAAAUUAGAGACACUGUGGCUGCAGUACAACGGGAUCAGUGAGAGUGAGAAGAGGAACCUGACGUCACUACAGGAGAAGCUGAGGAGGCCUGGACGGAGGCUCAAUAUCUACACAUGAGAAGACCAGCAGUGGUGAUCAGACUGACCCCCCUGUCAGUGACAGAGCCCCCCGUCCACUCUCCCUAAAUUCUCCUCUUUCUUCUUUUUCUUCUCCUCUCUCCUCUGCUCCUCAUUUAAUAAACUCUCAAUGUCCCCUCA